ACCUGCUGCACCUGCAGCGAGGCAGCGAGCGCGCGGCGGGAGGCUGGAUGCGAGCAGCAUGGGAGGCGUUUAUUCUCUUGAGAAGAUGGCGGGAAGUUUCUCCUACGAGAGCUCAGAGAUCGACUGGUGCGAAGACAACUACAGGCAUUCUGAGCAUGUGGUGGAGUUCUUCAACACUACGAGCAGCUUUGUCUUCUUCAUCGUAUCUCCCAUCAUGCUCUACCUUCUGCACCCGUAUGCCAAAGAAAGAAACCUGGCCAUCCACCUGGUCUGGGUCAUGAUGAUUUUUGUAGGGAUUUUCUCAGCGUACUUCCACAUGACUCUCAGUUUCGUUGGUCAGAUGUUGGAUGAGCUGUCGAUCCUGUGGGUGCUGGCGGUGGGAUACGCCAUCUGGUUCCCUCGCAAACUCUUCCCUUGGUUUAUAAAAGACAGGUCCACUUUUUCAAAGCUCGUCCUGGUGAUCACCGUCGUCUCCUCGGUGUCAUCCUUCGUCAAACCCACAGUCAAUGCCUACGCUUUAAACUGCUUCGGCCUCCAUCUGCUUUACACCCUGUUUCUGGAGAUGAGAUGCUGCACUGACCAGAAGGUUUUGCGUCUCGCCAAGCUGUCGGUUGCUCUGUGGGGGCUCGCCAUCUCCUGCUGGAUUAGUGACCGCGUUGGCUGCAGUUUCUGGCAGCGGCUGAACUUCUGCUACCUCCACGGGAUCUGGCACAUACUGAUUGUGAUCGCUGUGGCCUAUGGCAGCACCUUGAUAGCUUACCUGGAUGCCAACUAUGAGAUACCGUACUCGCUGCCUGGACUGCAGUACUGGCCCAAUGAUAAAUGGGCUGUUGGAUUACCUCACAUUGUCCUGAAAGCCACUACCAAGACUCAGAAACGGUGCUAGCAAAGUUAACGUCAAGUAUAACCUUAGCAGAACGUUUCUGCUGGUUCACUCAGCUACUGGAGUCUGUGAAGGGCAAAGCACCAAAAUGAUCUCAUAAGCACAAGUUCCUUCAUUACAGACCGAUCUGGGAUCCACAAGCUUGUCCCCAUCAGCACAACUCAAAUCACAGGAGACUUAAGUCGCUCCUAAACUGAGCAACACUCUUUUAAUACUGACUAACACUAGAUAAAAGCAAAAACUAAUAUGCUUGUUUUCUGAUCUUAAAAAAGCAGGGAUGGAUUUCAUGUAUUUACAGGUGAUUUAAAUAGAAAGAUGCAGAGAAAACCCUGCAGAUAAAGUGCAGUCAGAGAUGUAAUAGAUUUGGGGUAAAUGGCAGCUGUUUUCAGCCACAAAGGAGGCAAUCAUUUCUGCAUUUAAACGUUUAUGGUGUUGCAAUUAGUUGAGAGUUUAGAAAAGAACUAUGAUCCCUUUCUUUAACCUCUGCCCAGCUGGAUGCAAAUGUGGGUCAGAAAGCUUGGUCUAAGUGACACACAUUUAUUACCAGCUGUACACAGUUCCUUCAAAAGUCUGUUAACAGAAGGUGCGUAUAUACAAAAGUAUGCUAACAUCCAUACCAUCCAUCC